AUGGUUAAGUAUUGGAUGCAUCUAUAAUUAGCCACAAGUAAUGUGUAUUCCUCUAGAAUGUCCAUAAAUUAAUUAGUGAAGGGUGAGAAUACUAAAUACGGUUAACAAGGAGGAGAGGUGGAGGUGGUAAUAGGUAUUGAUGAAGAGAAGAUGGGGCACCACAGCUGCUGCACCAAGGUGAAGGUGAAGAGAGGGCUGUGGUCUCCGGAAGAAGACGAGAAGCUCAUCAAGUGUAUAAGGAAGAUUGAGGGGCAGGCUUGUUGGAGCCGGGUGCCCAAGAUGGCGGGGCUGGACAGAUGUGGGAAGAGCUGCAGGCUGAGGUGGAUUAACUACUUGAGACCUGACCUCAAGAGAGGGUGUUUCAGCGCGGAGGAGGAAAGGACCAUCAUCGACGUCCACCGAAUCCUUGGGAACCGAUGGGCGCAGAUAGCCAAGCAUCUCCCCGGCAGAACCGACAACGAGAUCAAGAACUUCUGGAAUUCCUCCAUCAAGAAGAAGCUGCUUGCUCUUGGCCUUGAUCCCAACACCCACAAUCUCCUCCCUGCGCGCCAUCAACAGCAGCAGCAACAACAACAUCAUGCUGCUGCUGCUGCUGCUGCUGCUAAUCAUAACAAUAAUAAUAAUAUGAAUGCUUAUAACGAUCAUGAUCAAAUAAUAGGCGACGUUGUUAAUGGCAGCUACGUCUAUAACUCCAAUAACUACACCUUGUUGGAGGAGGAGCAGCAGCAGCAGCAGCAGCAGCAGCUUCAAACUGGGUCUUCUUGUUGGGGUGCACCCAUAGUACCGGGCAUGAUGAAUUGGGAAUUGUUUGAGAGUGGAUGUGGAAUAGUAACGGGGUCGUCCGGUAAUAAUAGCUUAGACUGUGAUUUGGAUAUGAUGAUUGAAAGGGAGCGGUUGCGGAGGAUGUGGGAGGAUGAGGAGGCUGAUGUGGGUGCAUUAAUAAUGCCUCUGCCCACUGAAGAGGCUGCGGGAAGUGUAGUGAUGCAAUCGCAACCUCAACCUCAACCUCACAAUAAUCACACUACUACUGCUGCUGCUGCUGCUGCUGCUGCUGAGUUUAAGGAUUUGGAUUUUUAUUUCGGGGAGUCGGCAGUGAUACCAAAUCCAAAUCCAAUCAACUUCAAUUCAAAUUUGCAAAUAUAA